AGUAGGCAUGGUUAGGGAAAGCUCGGAUUGUUACCGACAGGAAGAAAUGUCGGUAGAAUCGGAAGAAAUGACGGUAAAUGCAGAGUGUAGUACACUUGAAAAUGGUACGGUUCAUGGUAUGGAAGGACAGGAAGUGACGAUUUCGGAAUCAUGUGAUAUUUCAUGUUUAGAAUCGGAGGAUGACAAUUAUACGUUAUUACAUGAGUCAAUUCAGACGGGAAAGUCAAAUCAAUGGUUUUUUAGAUGGAUUGGAAUAAAAAAUAUUAUGGGAUAUAUUAAAGGAAAAGAGAAUGUUUUUAAAUCUAAACAAACGAGUGAAAAUUUUCCAGUGGUAGAACGGAUGUUUAAUGAAGAAUGCCGAGGGAUUAUGAAGAAAAAGAAAAGCAUAUUUAAAAGUAUAUUUGGAGGGUUUAAUUUUCGAAAUCAAAGAUUUACAAGAUUCUUUAAUAAAAAAAAAUUUCAUAAUAAAAAUUUAAAUUAUCGAGUGAUAAAUUUUAAUAAUAACCUAAAAAAUUCAUCAAACAACUACUGCAGUAAUUAUGUGUCUACUACGAAAUACAAUAUAGCGACAUUUCUUCCAAAAUUUUUAUUUGAGCAAUUUUCAAAAUAUGCAAAUCUUUUCUUUCUUUUUACAUCAUGCAUACAACAAAUCCGAAACAUAUCGCCUACUAAUCGCUGGACAACGAUUGUUCCUUUGGUAAUUGUGCUUAUUGUUUCUGCAUUCAAAGAAUUGGUAGAAGAUUUUAAACGACGCAUACAAGAUAAAGAGCUAAAUCAAUCGAUAACCUAUGUUUUUGAGAAAAUGUCAUUUGUUCCUCGUAAAUGGUAUGAUCUUCAUGUGGGCGAUAUUGUUCGUGUUGAAUCUGGUCAAGUAUUUCCUGCAGAUCUUAUUCUUAUUUCAUCAUCAGAACCAGAAGGUCUUUGUUAUAUUGAAACAUCUAAUCUUGAUGGUGAAACAAAUUUAAAAAUUAAGCAAUCGCUUCCAGAAACGGCAAAUUUUAUAUCACCUAGUAAGAUUUCUCAAUUAUCGGGAGAAAUACAUUCAGAACAACCUAAUAAUAAUCUCUAUAGUUUCGAAGCCACAAUCAUUAUGAACACAGAUAUAGGAAAAAAGGAAUAUCCGUUAGCUGAAGAUCAAUUACUUUUACGAGGAGCAUUCCUUCGAAAUACAUCAUGGAUCUAUGGUAUUGUUGUUUUUACGGGACAUGAAACAAAGUUAAUGAAAAAUACUACAUCUUCCAGUAUCAAACAAACAGCAGUAGAAAAAAUUGUCAAUAUUCAAAUCAUUUUCCUUUUUUGCAUACUUAUCAUUCUUUCAUUAAUAUCAUCCAUUGGCUUAAUUAUUAAGGAAAAUCUUGAUCAAAAAAAUCUAAGCUACCUUCACCUUCAAAAAAACAACAGUAUCAAAACAUUUUUCUCAAAUAUUUUAACUUUCUGUGUUUUGUAUUCAAAUCUCGUUCCUAUCAGUCUUUUCGUAACAAUUGAACUUGUCAAAUAUGCUCAAGCACAGCUUAUUAACAAUGAUAUGGAUAUGUAUUAUGAACCUGAAAAUGUUCCAGCUACUUGUAGAACUUCUAAUUUAGUUGAAGAACUGGGACAAGUGGAAUACAUUUUUACAGAUAAAACAGGUACUCUUACAUGUAAUCAAAUGGAAUUUCGUCAGCUUUCAAUUGCUGGUAUAUCUUAUAUGGACAAUACGAAGAAAAAGCAAAAACUUAAUUCUCAUCAAAAAAACGAUGAUUCUGAUUUUAUACAAUUAAACAAAAACCUUGUUUCACAUGAAUCGAAAGACAUUAUCCAUAACGUUCUUGUUUUGCUUGCUACUUGUCAUACAGUUAUUCCGGAAAAAGUGGAUGGACAAGAUGAUAUCAUAUACCAAGCAGCAUCACCAGAUGAAGGUGCUUUAGUAAAAGGCGCAUCGAAAUUAGGAUACAUAUUUACGACUCGUCGUCCUAAAUCUGUUUUUGUAUCUAUUCAAGGGGAAGAGCAAGAAUUUAAGGUUUUAAAUAUCUGUGAAUUUAAUUCAGCCAGGAAAAGGAUGUCUGUAAUCCUUCGUUGUCCAGAUGGCAAAAUUAGACUUUAUUGUAAAGGUGCAGAUACGGUAAUUUUAGAAAGAUUGUCAAAAAACAGUUUAUAUAGCGAGCAAACAUUACGACAUUUAGAGGAUUAUGCCAUAAGAGGCUUUAGAACAUUAUGUUUGGCCAUGAGAGAAAUUUCAGAAAAAGAAUAUGAAAAAUGGGCAGUUAUUUAUGAUGAAGCAACGACUACGAUUAACAAUCGUAUCGAUGCAUUAGAUAAAGCGUCUGAAUUAAUAGAAAAGGAACUUCUUCUUUUAGGAGCUACUGCUAUUGAGGAUAAGCUUCAAGAGGGAGUCCCAGAGACCAUUCAUACACUUCAAUUAGCAGGAAUUAAAUUAUGGGUUCUUACUGGAGAUCAUCAGGAAACUGCUAUAAAUGUUGGAAUAAGCUGUAAACUUAUUACUGAAGAUAUGAAUAUUAUUAUUAUAAAUGGAAAGGAUAAGAAAGAAAUCUCAAAUUAUAUAGCUAAAAAGUUAGCAUAUGUCAAAAAUAGACAAGCUAAUAAAGCUAGGCUAGAAGCUUUAGCUUUGAUUAUUGAUGGCCAUUCAUUAACAUAUGCUUUGGAAAAAGAUAUUGAAAAAAAAUUUAUUAAUCUUUCUAUAUUAUGCAAAACAGUAAUAUGUUGCAGAGUAACACCUUUACAAAAAGCAUUAAUCGUAACACUUAUUAAAAAACAUUUAAAAGCAACACUUUUAGCUAUCGGAGAUGGUUCAAAUGAUAUAUCAAUGAUACAAUCCGCUAAUAUAGGAAUUGGUAUAAGUGGUACAGAGGGUUUACAGGCUGCUCGAAAUGCAGAUAUUGCAAUUGGACAAUUUCGAUAUUUAAGGAAACUAUUAUUAGUUCAUGGUUCAUGGAGUUAUCAACGAUUAAGUAAAUUAAUUCUUUAUUCUUUUUAUAAAAACGUUUCUCUUCAUAUGACUCAAUUUUGGUAUACAUUUCAUAAUGGGUUUUCUGGUCAAGUUAUAUUCGAAUCAUGGACCAUAUCUUUCUAUAAUGUAUUUUUUACGUUUCUCCCUCCAAUAGCAAUUGGAAUAUUUGACCAAUUUCUGAGCGCAAAGUUACUAAAUAAAUAUCCACAGCUUUAUCGACUUGGUCAAUUCAAAACCUUUUUUAACGUAAAAAGUUUUUGGCUCUGGAUAGUGAAUGGUUUCUACCAUUCGCUUAUCCUUUAUUUCAUGUCGAUAUAUAUAUUUGAAAAUGAUUUACCACAAGCCGAUGGAAAAAUUGGAGGCCAUUGGGUUUGGGGAACAACACUUUAUGCUACUGUUCUUGCUACAGUAUUGGGAAAAGCAGCCUUAAUUACAAAUUCAUGGACAGCAUAUACUGUUCUAGCAAUACCAGGAUCAUUCAUUAUAUGGAUAAUAUUUUUACCUGUAUAUGCAAUUGUUGCACCAAAAAUGGGUGUUUCUAUGGAAUAUUAUGGGAUUAAUUCUCGUUUAUACACAUCAUUAGUAUUCUGGGCUACUAUUUUAGUCCUUCCAACAUUAUGUUUAUUGCGUGAUUUUGCAUGGAAAUAUUAUAAACGAACUUAUUGUCCACAGACUUAUCAUUACAUUCAAGAAAUUCAGAAAUUUAAUACUAUAGAUUAUAAAUCAAAAAUGGAGCUGUUCCAAAAAACAGUUAGAAAAGUAAGAAAUGUUCAAAGAAUAAGUAAAUUACAAAGAGGAUAUGCCUUUAGCCAGGGAGAUACUGGCCAAACAAAACUCAUACGUGCAUAUGAUACCACUCAAGAGAGAGGUCAAUACGGAGAAGUUAAAUACCAAUGUCAGGCUAAAUAAUAAAAAAUAUCAUACAUACUAAUGUUAAUCAUAAUAAUCAUAUUU